AUGGGGACCCAGCAGGCUAUAGGAGGGCGUAUCUUCGCUCUGCAAAUCGAGGAGACAAAGUCGGAUCCGUCUAUGAUCCAAGGUAUGCUACUGUUACUCAGCACCUGCGUACAAGCUUUGUUUGACUUUGGAGUAUUGCACUCAUUUAUAUCUACUGCCUACUUUACUGAACUAGCACUAAAAACAGAACCCCUAAGUACGAGUAUGAAAGUAGCAUCAUCAUUGGAGGUGAGUGUAGCUAUUUGUCUAGUGUGUAGAGGGUGCAAACUAGAAGUAGCCAACCUGUGCCUGACCUGCGACCUUAAAGUGAUCGACAUGGUAAAUUUUGACAUAAUCCUGGGGAUGGACUGGCUAUCAGCACAUCGAGCUAUCAUAGAUUGCCAUCAGAAGAUGGUAACGGCUUAUACCCCUGAUGGGAUUCAUUUUCAAUUUAAGAGGGAUAGACAGACGACAAAUUCGACAACGAGAAGAUCAAAGUGGCAGAAUCAACUAUUUGGAUGGCUAGCUAGUCUUCAAAUGGAAGAAGCCGACAGGAUGGAAUUGGGAUUACCACACAUCGUUUGUGAGUACGCUGAUGUUUUCCCUGAAGAACUUCCUGGCUUAUCCCCCCAUAGAGAGAUAAGACUUCACCAUAGAACUCCAAUCCAGAAUCGCACCGAUUUUUAUGGUGCCAUACCGGAUGGCCCCUGUAAAGCUAAAGGAGCUUAA